UGGAUCAAUGUGUGAAUUGUCCAGAAUACCACUAUGCCAACACAGAACAGAACAAAUGUAUUCAGAAAGGNGUCACNUUUCUAAGCUAUGAAGACCCNUUGGGGAUGNCACUUGCNUUAAUGGCCUUCUGUUUCUCUGCAUUCACAGCUGUGGUACUUUGUGUCUUUGUGAAGCACCAUGACACUCCUAUUGUGAAGGCCAAUAACAGAAGCCUCAGCUACCUAUUACUCAUGUCACUCAUGUUCUGUUUUCUGUGCUCCUUUUUCUUCAUUGGCCUUCCAAACAGAGCCAUCUGUGUCUUACAGCAAAUUACAUUUGGAAUUGUAUUCACUGUGGCUGUUUCCACAGUUCUGGCCAAAACAGUCACUGUGGUUCUGGCUUUCAAAGUCACAGACCCAGGAAGAAGAUUGAGAAACUUCCUGGUAUCAGGGACACCCAACUACAUUAUUCCCAUAUGUUCCCUACUCCAAUGCGUUCUGUGUGCAAUCUGGCUAGCAGUUUCUCCUCCCUUUGUUGAUAUUGAUGAACACACUCUCCAUGGCCACAUCAUCAUUGUGUGCAACAAGGGUUCAGUUACUGCAUUCUACUGUAUCCUGGGAUAUUUGGCCUGCCUGGCACUUGGAAGCUUCUCUGUGGCUUUCUUAGCCAAGAAUCUGCCUGACACAUUCAAUGAAGCCAAGUUCUUGACCUUCAGCAUGCUAGUGUUCUGCAGUGUCUGGGUUACCUUCCUGCCUGUCUACCAUAGCAUCAAGGGCAAACACAUGGUUGCUGUGGAGAUCUUCUCCAUCUUGGCAUCCAGUGCAGGGAUGCUUGGAUGUAUUUUUGUACCCAAGGUUUAUAUCAUUUUAAUGCGACCAGAGAGAAAUUCUACCCAAAAGAUCAGGAAAAAAUCAUAUUUCUGAACAAAUAUUUCAGGAAUUCUGUCAAAUGUAAAGUUGGUACAUACCAACCAAAUAUUGGGUUAUAGUGCAUGUGUCUAGUUUUAGAAUCACUCUCACUGAUUGCUCUACUGAUGUCAUGAUCUAUCAUAUCUACUGAACUUCCUUACGGUGUCCAUAAAAUCUUGCACUCAUUCACUUGCUUUAUUUCUUCUCACAGAACUAAACUCUCUAAUAUUACAAUUUUAUUCUUCGUUUUGCUUUCAUGGAGAUUUUCCUCUGGUAACUUCCAAAAAAUGUUGAUAAGGCAGUGAAUCCAUCACUUUGUGCAGAAAAAUGAGAUCUAGGACAGACAGGGUUACAAAUAGAAAACAUCUACCAAAUCAAAUAGCCAAUGAGAAACACAGACUAACUAAAUAAUCAGCAAAGAUUACAUCAGAACAUAUUUUCUUAUUUCCAGUAAGAGCACACACAUAACAAAAUACAGCCUUUAUUCAUCUGUUCUUCAAGAUAUUGGCCAAUAGUCUAAGGAAGAAAUGUACCUUUUCUGAUGUCAAAUAAAAAUAUAUUAUAUCCAAAAA